UUCGUCACACACAGCAAUGGGACUCUCUGUCUUCUUCUUCUUGAGUUGUUGCAAUUCUGGCAAUUCCUACUGGACUGGUGACGGGUAGACUAGACUGGUACAUACUGGUAUUGCUUUUUGUCAUAGUUUGAACAUUGAAUUGAAAGCUGGCUGUUGCUGUACCAACUUUAUCUUACUGUCAAAAUGGAUAUCGGCGAACUUCUAUCCUACAAGGUGAGAAGUGUUGGGACCUACUCAUUCGCUCAGUGAGGAUCAGAGGUGGCUGUAUCAGUCAGAUGGAUGGCUGCGAUGACAAUUGGCAUAAAGCUGAUCCAGUGACUCCAGUUUAAGCCCCCCAACACCCCUAAACGACCUUUGCCUGAAGAUGAAUUUUCUGCACCAGAAGAAAAUGAAACAGAGUACGAAAGAAUGCGAAAAAUUAGAAAAAGAGAAAAACUCCGUGCCGAAGCGGAAAAGCUGGAAAGAGAAAAUUUGUUGCAGUUGCAACUUAAAAAAGAGAAGGAAGAGCGCAUUCAAGAAGAAAAGAAGCAAGAAAUUCUAAUGAAACAUCUAGAGGAGAAUGACAUUUCAGAAUCAGAUGUUGUGAAUGAGUCAACAAUUAAAAGAAUGGUCCUCCAGUUUGAAAAACGUGCUUUGAAAAAUCAGGAAAUGCGAAUUAAAUUUCCAGAUGCUCCAGAAAAGUUUUUGGAGUCUGAAAUGGAACUUCAUGAAGCUAUUCAAGAAUUACAUGCCAUCGCAACUGUGCCAGACUUAUACCCCCUCAUGGUUCAGUUACAAGCUAUACCUUCAAUUCUUGAGUUAUUGUCACACGACAACACGGACAUAGCAGUUGCUGUUGUUGACCUUCUCCAGGAACUCACAGAUGUUGAUAUCCUUCAUGAAAGUGAGGAUGGAGCUAACAGUUUGAUCGAAGCGCUCCUAGCAAAACAAAUUUGUGCUUUACUGGUUCAGAAUUUGGAGCGUUUGAAUGAAUCUGUCAAAGAAGAAGCUGAAGGGGUCCACAACACCUUAGCAAUAUUUGAAAACUUAACAGAAUUCCGGCCAGAGAUGGUAUCCGAUGUCGGGAAACAAGGUCUCAUGCAGUGGUUACUCCGAAGACUACGGGUCAAGCUGCCAUUUGAUCAAAAUAAGCUCUAUGCUAGUGAAAUUUUGUCAAUAUUGCUUCAAAGCAGCAAAGAAAAUCAAGACAUGUUUGGAGAGCUGGAUGGAAUUGAUGUGAUUCUUCAGCAGUUGGCCUUUUACAAACGGCAUGACCCAGCCUCCAGUGAAGAAACAGAGAUGAUGGAAAAUCUAUUUAAUUGCCUUUGCUCGAGUCUAAUGAAUGCGGAAAAUCGAGAAAGGUUCCUUAGGGGUGAAGGAUUACAGUUGAUGAAUCUCAUGCUCAGAGAGAAGAAACAAAGUCGCAAUGGAUCACUAAAAGUGCUAGACCACGCUAUGUCUGGACCAAAUGGUGUUGAUAAUUGCAACAAGUUUGUUGACAUUCUAGGACUACGAACAAUUUUUCCACUGUUCAUGAAAACUCCCAAGAAAAAUAGGAAAAGGAUGCUUACGGUGGAAGAGCACGAAGAACAUGUAACCUCAAUAAUUGCUAGUAUGCUGAAGAACUGCAAAUCAUCACAACGGCAAAGGCUGCUUAGUAAAUUCACGGAAAACGAUCAUGAAAAAGUAGAUAGACUCUUGGAACUUCAUUUUAAAUACUUAGAUAAAGUUGAAGAAGCAGAUAAACAAAUCGAGAAACAGAUGAAGCAGUACUUGGGACAAGACGCUUUAACAGAUGAUGAAAUUUACAUCCGAAGGUUAGAUGAGGGCCUUUUUACUCUUCAACUUGUUGACUAUAUCAUUCUUGAAGCAUGUGCAAGUGGUGCAUCAUCGAUCAAGCAAAGAGUAAUGCAAAUUUUGAAUCUGCGUGGUGGCUCUCUCAAAACUAUCCGCCAUGUAAUGCGAGAGUAUGCUGGUAAUUUGGGUGAUGCUGAGGAUUCUGAUUGGAAAUAUCAAGAACAAGAACACAUUCUUCAGUUGGUUGAUAAGUUUUAAGUUUUGUGUCUUGUAAACUCGCCCACAUUUCUGUUGCUUAUCAAUCUAGUCAAUGUGGAUUCUUUCCAUCUUUGUUCAGCUUGAUUUUGAUGUACUGGCACCAUUGGUUAGAGGAGUCUCUGAAAAACACUUUGGCUCAGGAAGAAUAUUGCGAAGUUGGUUUGAAGUAUGUAACUUAGAAAACAUAGUUUCAAGGAAAAGCUUUCCUACCAACACUGUCCCAAAAUAACCGAGACUGAUGAUGUAGCCUUUAAAUGAAGCCAGCUAGAGAGCUGAUCUGGGUUGUCUUGGAAAGAGCAACUCAUUUCCUAUCAAUUAACUCCACGUUUACUUUAUUUUCACAUGAAUUUACAAAACUUUACUACAAAAAAAUUAUUCCCUUCUGAUGAUUUUCAUUCUGGAAAAAAGCUCUUUUCUACAAAACUCUACGGUCUGAAUACACUUGGCAAUCUAAAAUACAACCCAGCAACACUGUUCAGGGGUUGUCUGAUAGCAGGCAUAACCAUAGCAACAAGAUUUGUGUCAUAGAGUGACGAGAUGAGACUAACUUGUUCGUGCUCGCAUUUUUUAUGUGAUCUAUACUUUUCAUCUAAAUUAUAUUAGGUGUUUUUUUUUUGUGGAAAAAGGAUGAGAAUUAAAAUUAAACAUGGGAAGCCGAAAGUUUCAGCACCAAUCUCAGAUUGGGGCAGCCUUUGCAAGUUUUAAUUUGCCGUGCUCAGACAUUUUAAAUUGCUGGAUUACAAUGCAACUUGACGGCAGCAACAGUUGUUUUGCAGAAAUACGAGAAGCCUCCAGUCAAGAUAGCUUCUUCCUUUGAAGUUACCUUUUAUUUUAAGAGCAUAUUCAUACUUUUUUAUUUAUUGAAGAUGAACUCCUAAUAUUGUAAAAAAGAAUUAUUAAUAAAGUACUUUCAUCUGCAA